GCCCGGCGGGACGGGGCUUAGGCCGGAGGUCCCCGUCUGCACACUCACAAGACGCCCCUCCCCGGGCGCCCGCCGAAGACCACCCCCGGGGCUGCGCCGGCGUUGCCACGGAGACGGGGGCGGGGCCUUCUUGCUCCCGCACCGCCCCCUCUGUCCUCCCCGCCGGGUCGGGCCCGCCGGACGCCGGGUCCUCCCCCGACCCCGGCUAAUGACCGGGCGAGAGGCGCCCCCAUCCCAGAAGUGCAAAGGCCAGGCAGCGCAUCGGCCUUGCUGGUGACCGCAGUCCCCAUCAACGGCAGGCACACGGGCUGUGGAAUGGGACCCGGGGGACACCCGGAGGCCCACACCAAUAACAUGCAUUCAUGCAGAGGACAUACGUCAGGCUCCCUGCAGGCACACAGAGGGGCCGAAGCACCCCUGACUGGGGCUGUGGCAUCUCCAUGGCAACACUGGAGUGGCAGUCAUGGAGAGCACACCCCCCUGGGGCAGCUGCCAGAGGCUCAGGGAAGACACCUGUGUGUGUCCAGGCGGCCGCACACAGCAGUCCCACAUCCUGGCCCCCACACCCAAGCAGGAAGACACAGGUGCCCAUGGACCUCGUCCAGCCUUCGAUCACCAUCCCACCCUGGAGUGUCAGCGAUGGCCCGGUGCCCAGCUGUGCAGCCGCCUCAUCAUCCCAGAAGCCAGCACCUGGAUCCAGGCCUCCGUCCGGACUCCACACUUUGGUAGCCACACCUGUCCACACCGCCAGCUCCAACCCCCAUCAGUCUCAGGGCUCUCUGCCCGUCCGGCUAGCCCCAGGGGCUAACGUCGGACCAAAGGUUUGCUCACAUCCUCGCCACCCGGCAAAGGCGACCCUGUUUACGCCGACCGCGGCCUGCUGCCUUUUCAGAGGGGACUCCUGGCCACAGCAAAACUGCGCCUCAGCCAGGCAGCGAUGAGGACUUCCUGCCGCCAUAAGCCCCCCCGGGCCCCCAACUGUCCCGGCUCCUGGCUUGUAGGCUUCCAGGUGCACAGGGGCGUCUCCAACUGCUGCCCUCCCCCAAAUCUCCGAGCUCCCUGCAGCCCCCUUGCCAACCACCUCACUGUGAACCAGAGGCCACGUUCAGACAAUGCCCCAUCGGUCCCUUCCCAGGCCUCUCCGAAGCCCAAGCACAGAGUUCAGAAAGCUCCUGGGGUGUUCUGGCCUUUGCCCUCUUCACCCGCCCCUCCUCCCUGGGGUUCCCAUCUCAUCCCCCCCCAAGCCAGACUUGAGGAAUCACCCCUUUCGAGUCCUUGCCUUCGCCUUUUGGUUUAGGACCCCAAAUGGACUUCCCAAUUGUUCCCCAAAUGCACCCGCUUUCACGUCUUCAGACAUUUGCACACGCCAUGCCCCCCACCUGGGGCACCAGUUCCCUCUUCCUAUCCUUGGCAAAGUCCUAUUCCUUUGGCAGGGCCUCAAUCCAAGUGCCCUCCUCCCGCUCCUCGCCCUGCGCUCCCCCCAGCCCGGGGCUCGCGCACACGGGGUCGUGAGGAGGGGGCAACAGGCAAUGGCCCGGCUUAGAAUGGGGGGGGUGCACGUGCGGCGCCCCCGGGUACGCCCCCUCUUCCGUCCCGGAGCUGCCGCAGGCGUCAGACCCCUUGGCGCGCAUCCCGCCUCCAAACUGAGGACGGCCGCACGCCUCCGCGCCGCGCCGCGCCUGCGCACUCAGACGGGCCACGCCGCAGUCCCACCUCCGGGCGGCAACCCCGCGCAGCUAUUGGUGCGUGCGGAAGAGCGAACGACGUGGCCACCAAUGAGGCGUCCCAGGAGUGGGCGGGGCCUGGGCCGCCCGACGCGAGGACGGGGGCGGGCGGGGCGCCCUCCCCACGGUGACGUCAGGCCCGGUUCGCGGCGCGUUGCCAUGGAAGCCGCGUUUCCAUCCCUGCGGGCUUCCGGGGGCCGCCCCCUCCCAUUCAACUUUUUCCUCAAUGGGGGGAGGGGGCGGUGCAGGGCUGUCCCCGCCCCCUGUGAUUCCGCGGCCCCUGCCUACUCUGGGCCUCGGUUUACCUUUCCGUGCUGCCCACGCCCACGUGGCCUGGCGUGCUGCCUUUCCGGUCGCUGCACCCCCUUGGCUGGGCACCUCUCCACUCAGCCCCCGCCUCAGGUGUGUGCGUUUCAGGCUCGCGCAGUGGGAAGGGGCUAAUGGCCGCAGCACCCAACCAGGGUGGAGUUCUUCUAGGACUCCCGGGCAGGGCUGUGACCCUCGGACCCCAGGGCUGGGCGCCAGGCAGCGCCCUGUGGAGUGAGUUCCCCGGCAGUAGACCAAGUGCCCCCUGCUCUGCAGCAUGCAGACACAGCCCCCGUGAUUCAGCGGGUGCCGCCAUCUACUCCCUCCUUCCGCAUCUCCCACCCAGCCCUGUAGCGGCCACCUGGGUCACAGCCCUGACCUCCGGGGACCCGGCUGCGUGGGCAGGGGGCUCGACCUGAGCUGUCCCACCCACACUUCCACCCUGCGGUCCUCCGGGCCCGCGGGUACGUUUGACCUGAAGGUCUGAAGGGAUCAGCCUGACCUGAGUAUCCUACCUUCCUGGCGUGGGCGUGCGAUGAUUUGGGGGUGACAGGGUAGCAGGAGGGACAGAAAGGCCUUAGCAAGCUGCUCCCAGGACACUCCUGGGACUGCACCUGUUUCCGUUCCCCAUGGGCGGGACUCCUAGAACUGAGGCUUGGGAGGGCAGGGUCUUGGGCUAUAAGAAAUCAGCCCGGGGAUGGUGGUCGCUAACGUAACAAUCACCCCAGUGCUCUGGAGCAAACGGUAUUUCUCUUCGGGCCUCGGUUUUCUCAUCUACCAAAUGGGAGGGUAAUUAGUUCUCUUAGGUGGCUGCGUUAAGUGAGGAAAUACAUGUGAAAUGACCUUCAGUGUUGUUGUGAUUGUGUGUCUUUGCCCAGCCCCAAAGU